UUGCAACGUACACUCAUCCUUCCCAAAGCCAACCAACCUUCUAACAGUUUACCGGCUACCGCAUAACCCUGAACCACAGCCAUGAACCAAUUUCUCUUUGUCAGUUUUUGUGCCCUUCUGGGACUCAGCCAAGUUUCAGCUGCAACGCUGUCCAGCGGUCGCAUCGUUGGCGGAUUCCAGAUCGACAUCGCCGAGGUCCCGCAUCAGGUGUCCCUGCAGCGCAGCGGGAGACAUUUCUGCGGAGGGUCGAUCAUCUCGCCGCGAUGGGUACUGACAGCAGCUCACUGCACCACGAAUACAGAUCCUGCGGCCUACACAAUCCGGGCCGGUUCUACGGAUCGUACCAACGGUGGCAUCAUAGUGAAAGUCAAAUCGGUGAUCCCUCACCCGCAGUAUAAUGGUGAUACCUACAACUAUGACUUUUCACUGCUGGAGUUGGACGAAAGUAUUGGAUUCAGUCGUUCGAUUGAGGCUAUUGCAUUGCCGGAGGCUAGCGAAACCGUGGCAGAUGGAGCUAUGUGCACCGUUUCCGGUUGGGGAGACACCAAGAAUGUUUUUGAGAUGAACACGUUGUUGCGCGCCGUCAACGUUCCUUCGUACAACCAGGCGGAAUGUGCUGCCGCUUUGGUCAACGUUGUUCCGGUGACGGAGCAGAUGAUCUGCGCUGGUUAUGCCGCUGGAGGUAAGGAUUCUUGCCAGGGAGACUCCGGUGGCCCACUGGUCUCUGGUGAUAAACUGGUCGGAGUCGUUUCUUGGGGCAAGGGCUGCGCAUUGCCAAACCUGCCGGGAGUCUACGCUCGGGUGUCCACUGUUCGCCAAUGGAUCCGAGAGGUUUCCGAGGUUUAAGGUGUUCGAAAAUGGAAUAAAUCAAGCUGACGAGAUUUGACCGAAAAAAA